AUGAGUGUCCGAGUGGUCGCUCGCAUACGACCUCUCCUCAAAUCUGAAAUCGAAAAGGACCAGAUACUCACCACCCACGAUGGACCCGAAGGAAAGCCGGCAAUCGUCAAGCUUCCCAACCCCAAAAACCUGGCCGAAGAAUACAGUUUUCAAUUCAACAGCGUCUACGGUCAAGAAUCUACUCAACAAGAGAUCUUUGAUGCCGAGGUAACUCCCACGGUCAAACACCUUUUUCUCGGUUAUGAUGUGACAAUCUUUGCCUAUGGCUCUACCGGUACGGGCAAGACUCACACUAUGAGAGGCGGCAAGUCACUACAAGAGAGAGGAAUGAUCCCACGUCUCCUCAGCAGUAUCUACCGCAAGAGUCGUGCGUUGGAGAAGAGCAGUCAAGGCGACACGUCAGUCUCUGUCUCCAUGAGCUACUACGAGAUCUACAAUGACCGCGUCUUUGAUCUGUUUGACGGUCCCGAAAAACGCACGCCGACCGGUCUCCCUAUCAGAGAAGCCGAAGGCGGCAAGACCGUGGUGGUUGGGCUCACCGAAGUUCCCUGUUCGUCUCUGAAGGAAUUCGAGGUCCUCUACGACAAGGCCAACUCCAACCGCAGCACGGGUGCCACCAAACUCAACGCCCACUCUUCGAGGUCACAUGCCAUCCUCUGCGUCAAAGUCACAAUCUCCACACCCGAGGAAACUAGGGUGUCCACGGCUUGCGCCAUUGAUCUUGCCGGUUCCGAAGACAAUCGAAGAACGGGUAACGGCAAGGAUCGCAUGGUGGAAUCUGCCAGCAUCAAUAAAUCCCUAUUUGUCCUCGCACAAUGUGUCGAAGCCAUUAGCAAGAAACAACAACGAAUCCCCUACCGAGAGUCUAAGAUGACCAGAAUCCUUUCCUUGGGCCAAAAUAACGGCUUCACCGUCAUGAUCCUCAACCUUGCCCCGGUCAAGGCAUAUCAUCUCGAUACGCUUAGCUCACUGAAUUUUGCCAACCGGACCAAAAAGAUCGAAGUCCGUGAGGUGGAGAACGAGCCGAUCUUCAAAGGCCCGCCACGUCCGGUCGCGGGCGUGCCGUUGGAAGGUCCGACCAUCCAGCGCCAGCCUCUACGGCCUCUCACACAUCAUAUUAAUGUCAAUAUCAUCGCCAACCGAGACACGGCGGCCAAGAAUGAGAAGCCUCCAAAAGCCUUUUCCGUAUAUUCGGACCGAAGUAAACCGGGCGUGACCUCAAAAGCCGCUCCCCCAAGACUUUCUCCUCUCAAACGCGCCGCUGAUGCCUCGACCUUUUCUGCACGCCCUUCCAAGAUCUCACGUCCUACUCCGACCUUUAUUCGACGGGCGCCAGAGCCAAAAGCUUUGACCCAGGCGUCCAUCGAGAAUUUGGUGGAGAAGAAGGUCUCUGAAAUCCUUGCAGCACGUGCGAUGAAUGCCCCAGACCCCGUACCGACGAAGACGGUGUCGGAUGAAGUACAGAAGCGUUUGGACACCAUCGAGAAGCGGUUGGAGGGACAAGACGGAGAGAGAGCAGAAGGACUGAGCUACCUCUUCAUGGCCAAACAACAUCAAGCACGUGGGGAGGAAUUCAGUGCGUUGAAAAUGUAUGAACUCGCACAGCCCUACUUCCCGGAGAAUACAAAAUUGGAGGGCAAGAUUGAGAGGCUGAGAGAGCGACUAGCGAGGAAGAAGGAAGAAUCCGAAGUCGCCAUCCCCGAGGAGGAUGACACAUUACCUCGAAGACCUACCAAGCAAUUGACCAUUGAUGGCAUUGGAGCGGAGGAGGACGAGAGUUACCACGAAGAGGGAAACGAGUCUGAAUAUCACAGCGACGACGAAGGAGGUUCAUUCCGUUCUCGUCCUCGAAGACCAAAGCCAAAGCGAAGACAACGGCCUUCGUCUCCAGAUCCCUUGACCGAACCUUCAUCCCUCGCAAUGACGCCUCGGACACAGCAUCUCCUUGAUGUCAUCAAUACUCGAGACGUAUCACAGAUCAAAACCCUGAACGGCCUUGGAGCAAAGCGGGCGGAAGGCAUUGUUGAGUAUUUGAACGCGAUGUUUGAAGCCGAAGGUGAAGCCGACUUGACAUGUUGGAAUGAUUUGUCAAAGUUGAAAGGUGUGGGCAAGAAGACCUUGGAGACCAUGAGGGAGGGUGUUAUUGUCUGA